AACCGCCCAACGCCUGCGCAAGCGGGCUCGCUUUGCUUGCAGGCGUGUUGUGGUCCAUGUGGCACGCAAUUCUUGCCUCAGACGCUGCGCCCCACCGUAAGGCCCAUAUAGGUGCAUAAAUGGACACACAUGGCAGUCAAAAGAACUGGGCGACCGAAUUAUGGGCUGUGGGCGUUUUCGACCCGCUAUUUGUGGGCCGAAUGCUUGCGCGCAGGGGCUUGCGCUCCCCCCGGCCGGUUCCAGCGCAUAGCUCCAGCAUUUAGCCACCUGAAGUGCACGAUGGUGCGCUGAGGCGGCUGGGCAUCGCAAAAUUCAGGCUGGAAACGCGAGUCGGCAAUGGUACGGCGCCCAUGCAAGCGGCCCCAAAAUUAAGGCCCGAAGAGCAUUUGCCUCGCCCACAGCGUUCUGUCUGCACUCUUCCAACUCUCUUUCUACACUUUCUUCACUCUCUACAUAUCGCAGAGAUGGCCCUGUGCAUGCAGACCCGCUCGGUCGGUGCGGUCCGCCGCACCAGCGCUGUUCGCAGCGCUCCCUUCCGCGGCAGCCGCAUGGUUGUGCGCGCGACCCCCGCUGUGUCUGAGAUUGUGGACAAGCUGAAGACCCUGACCCUGCUGGAGGCGUCGGAGCUGGUGUCCGAGAUUGAGAAGACCUUCGGUGUGGACGCCUCGGCCGCCGCCCCCGUUGCCAUGGCUGCCAUCGCUGCCCCUGGCGCUGCUGCUGCUCCCGCUGUUGAGGAGAAGACCACCUUCGAUGUGGUGCUGGAGGAGAUCCCCGCCGACAAGAAGGUCGGCGUCUACAAGGUGGUCCGCAACAUCGCCAACAUCGCCGUCAACCAGGUUAAGGACUUCACCGCUACUCUGCCCAAGGUCCUGAAGGAGGGCCUGAGCAAGGAGGACGCUGAGGCCGCCAAGGCUCAGCUGCUGGAGGCCGGUGCCAAGGCCAAGGUCGCUUAAGCGGCCUGCGCGUAAUUACAUCAACGUCUUGUCAGCAGUAGCGUAAUUGGUGAGCGAAGAGCGAGCUGGGUCGCGCUGUCGGCAGUGGGCAGUGCUUUCGUGGUGGAAAUGUGGUCGCGGACUUCAACUUCGUGGACCGACCGCGUCGACGCCGCACUGCAAAGCCAGGUGUUGUAGUAAUGCUGGGAACUGGUGGCUUGCUCGGAGAGCGAUGGGCUUCGGGUCGAGGGGUUUCAUGUGGCGAUGGGAGUUGGAGCCUGGUGGCAGUUCUUUGCUGCGGGUUGGGAGGUCAAGUCCUGCAUGCAGUGGCUGAAUGCGGGGGCCAUGUGCGUAUGGGUGCAGGCAGGCGGGGCCUAUGCCGGCAAUUUUGGACUAACUGUGCCGGCCGGGUCGCCGCUGUGGGGUGGUUAGGGGCGUGUGCGUCACUGCGAAGUGUUUGCUAUGGCGACUGACCACUAACCAUGGCUAUGAUGCGAGCCUCCUGAUGCUACUCAGGGCCCAAAUGGUGACGCUUGUCUGGUGCUCCCCAGGCAACGCGUAGAGCAAAGGCGGAUUUUCGAGAUAGUUGUGGCGGCGUCAUGCUGGGGUGGCGCGGCUCACACCCGCCCGUAGAUGAUGAUGUAGCGCAGAAGAGUGUCCCUAGCGCGGAGGUUGGAGGUGUGCGGUGCUCAAGUGCCGUGAAAGACAGUGCGAGGCUUAUCCUGGAUGUAACGGAGAAGCUGG